CUGAUAACGAAUGGACGGAUCCUGAUCUGGCUAAAUUAAGGUACAGCUGUACAGCUUUUGUCAGCAUAUUAUGACGGACGACACACGAGAUGCUCGGAUUCCCGUUGACAGGAGUUGGGCCUGGAUGGUGCUAGCCGGGUCACUGGUUAUAUCAACGAUCAACGUAGGAACCGAGAAAUCGUAUGGUAUCUUCUUUAUAGAGUUCCUCCGGACGUUUAAGGGGACAGUAAUGAUGACAGUGCUGAUUAACACUGUGCUGACUGUGGUCUACUGUAUCACAGCGUCAUCACUGCUACUGAUCGGCUUUAAGCGACUUAGUGUCAGGGCGUCCGUCUUCCUAGGAAUAAUUCUCUGCGCUAUUGGGUAUAGCGUCAGCAGCUUCGCCACAGGACUGGACUACCUUAUAGCAUCACAAAGCAUCCUCAUAGGUACAGGGAAUGCGUUGCACAAUCCACCGAUCUUCAUGCUUAUCGGCGAAUAUUUUGACAAGAAAAAAGGCCUUGCGAAUGCAAUAUUUAUAUCCGGAAAUUCUCUCGGAGGUAUCAUUAUGCCGCCACUAUAUCGGUAUGUAUUUGACAAAUAUGGUCUACGUGGAGGGCCUAUAAUCACUGCUGGAAUAACUUUGAACUCUUUGGUGGCUGCAGCAUUGCUUCGUCCGACCGAAUUCUACACUAGAAAUAUUCCACAGAAAUCAACACAGGGAAGUGAAUAUGUUGAAAAGGAGAGUCCCACCAACGAAAACAAUGCCAAAGAAACCCCCCCGAACGACUGUUUAGGGGAUUCUAAUAAUUUGUAUCCUUUAAUUUCGACAAAAAGAGCAAAACAGCACAGUCCACAUGAUGCAAACGAUACGAAUGAUAUCGUUGACAAAAUAUCGCGAUCCAGUAUUGUGCGCUACUUAAGUAAUGGCGAUUUAGCAUCAAGUUCUGUAUCUAGUCUUCCGGGGAGAAUAGAUCACCGUAUCAUAGCGAUGGACGGAGAACACUUCAAAACUGAAACAAGCUUCUUGGUGAAAUGUAAAAACAAAAUUGAUUGUACUUUGAUGAAAAAUGUCCUUUUUAUUCUGUUUCUGACUAUUUAUUGUUUUGGAAAUGUAGCCAUUAUGUGUGCCCACAUUUAUAUUCCGACCUACGCCCGAGAUAUUGGUAUUGAUGAUCAACGUAUUGCUAUCAUCGUUUCGAUAAUGAGUGUAACGGACUUCGUUGGACGUAUCCUUGCAGGAUAUCUGGCAGAUCUGUCAUCGAUCACUCCGCACUGGGUAGUCAUUCUCUCACAGAUCGUGGUUGGCGUUGUACUACAGUUUACUGUAUAUUACACCUCGUUUUGGCGUCUGGUCGUGUUUGUCGCCAUAUUUGGCUCUACCGCUGGCAUGAUAGCCGCCUUAUUCCCGCCAAUGAUGAUAGAGAUUGUUGGAAUGAAGCGUUACCGAAGUGCCAUGGCCGUAUUCAUCAUCUGUGUUUGUCUGUUUAAUGGUCUCGCUCUACCAGUCUUAGGCUAUUUUCGUGACGUCACCAAUACAUUUCACUUCUCGUUCCACGUCAUGGGAGCCUCGUCUUUCGUGGCUAUUGUUCUUCUUAUUGUAUUUGACGUCAUCGUGAGAAAACGGGCUCGCAAGAAGAAACUCGACCUGGAGAUAAAUUGAUGACGUCAUCGUUCCUUGCACUUAUUUGAUUAAAGAGUGCUGGUCGCAAUGUCAUUUUAACCAGUGGACAAGAACAUUAUGGCCACCACACAGUUGUUCAGUAUAAAUCUAAAAAGUGUGACGCUGAAAUCCACUAAGAUACGUAUGGUUGUUUAGUGCAACAACUUAUUUGAGCCGGAAGUUAAAUCUUAGAAGAUGCGGCACAUACACUAACAAAGGAAUCUACAAGCGUAUUUCAUUUGUGAAGUCAGACAGAAAUAUAAUGUACUUGAAUUUGACAUGAUAAUUAAAUUGAA